CGGAAAAGCUCUGCUUGGUCUAAGGGUGGGUGUAAAGAGGAAGUUUCGGUUAAAAUGAUUAAAAGUAAAUCCCUCGCGCCGCUCUCCUGUCGUUCUGCGGCUUUGGUAGCACACCCAGCUUGCACAGGCGUGGCAGGAGCAGCAGGUGAAAUCCUCAUCAGGCGGGAGCUACUUCCAUGUGGGCUUCCUGCUGCGGGUUGCUGAAUGAAGUCAUGGGUACGGGAGCAGUCCGUGGCCAGCAGGCCGGCUUUGGGGGAGGUGCUGGCCCAUUCAGGUUUACACCAAGCACAGACUUCUCAGCAUAUCCAGCUCCUGCUGCAGCCGGCACGAACAUCGUCUGCAAAGCCUGUGGACUUUCCUUUUCAGUUUUUAGGAAAAAACACGUGUGUUGUGACUGCAAGAAGGAUUUUUGCUCCGUUUGCUCAGUCUUACAAGAGAAUCUCAGGAGAUGUUCCACUUGUCACUUGCUGCAAGAAACGGCCUUCCAGCGCCCUCAGCUAAUGAGAUUGAAAGUGAAGGAUCUGCGUCAGUAUCUGAUCCUCAGAAACAUCCCCACGGACACCUGCAGAGAGAAGGAAGACCUGGUGGACCUGGUGCUGUGCCACCAUGGGUUGGGGUCGGAGGAGGACAUGGACGCUGGCAGCUUGCGUUCGUCACGGUCACAGACUUCGGGCUUUUUUACCCAUCCCUUUUCCACGUCUGUAUCCAUGUCAAAUCCAGGAGAACUUGCCAACAGAAGAGGAAGCACAGGAAGUGGGACACCUUCACAGGGACAAAUGGAAACAUCUGUAAACAAUGAAGAAGAAGAAAGUGCAGAAGAGCAGACCCUGGGGCUGUCCAGGAAGCGAGCAAGGGCAUCCCUGUCCGAUAUUUCCAGUCUGGAAGACAUCGAAGGGUUGAGUGUCCGGCAGCUGAAGGAAAUACUCGCCUGUAAUUUUGUCAACUACUCAGGAUGCUGUGAAAAAUGGGAACUUGUGGAAAAAGUGAGCAGACUAUACAGAGAGAAUGAGGAGAACCACAAGACACAGGGGGAGAAGAUGCAGCUGAACGAGGACGAUGAGAACCUGUGCCGGAUCUGCAUGGACGCCGUGAUCGACUGCGUGCUGCUGGAGUGCGGCCACAUGGUCACCUGCACCAAGUGUGGCAAGAGGAUGAGCGAGUGCCCCAUCUGCCGCCAGUACGUCGUGCGGGCCGUGCAUGUCUUCAAAUCCUAACCCAGCCCUGCCCCGAGUCCCCCGGGCAGGAUUCCUGUGGCCAGGAGUGCUGGGCCCUGGGGCGCACGGCAGCGUUGUAGUUCUUGGUUAAACUCGGCCUUUUCGACAUCAAGAUGUAGAAGAAGUUGGUGAAAGGUUUUUCAAGCAGCUCCUGCAGUGCGGGGCUGGGCAGGUCCAGGUGCUGCCUGUGCGUGCAGCAGCAGCGCUGCCCCACUGACCUUACAGCCCCACAGAUUGUUGGAGUCAAACUGUUUACAGCAGUUCUUGCUCUCUUCUGAAGAAUCUCACCUGUCCUUACGCAUUCAGCACUCGGCAAGUGGUCAGCAAACACCUCUGCUUGAGCCUAUUAGCCUGUGGUGUUCUCUAGUGCAUUAGAAGCAAUGAAUAUAUCAGUUGAUUAUUCAGCUUUUCCCUAACGAUAGAAUGUAUCUGUUCCGACAGCGUGGCUGUGGUGCCGGUGUCGGACACGGCUUAGGAAGCACUGCCAUGAACUGUUCCCACACAGAAGCCCUUAAGCAAUCUUGCUUUAUGCUGAUUGCUCCCUCUGAAUGUCUGUCAUGACACGUGUGCUGUCUUGGCUGUUCUCUGUCAGUGUAUGCAACACUCCAUCACUUUGCAGGGCUCAGGGGCUGCAGCGGGCUCUGCCUGGUGGGCUCCAAAAACCAGUUACUAAGUGGUUUUUAGUUUAGGAAUAAACUAUUUUUUUAAGAAGGGGUAUUACAGUAAACCAUAUUCGCGUGGUCCUUAAUCCACUCAUGCCUGUUGUAACUAUUAAUCUGUGAUGAUUGUACUCCACGUGCCGACAGCCUGAUGUUACUGUGAAUCCUGAUCAGGGGCACCACCUCCUUGCUGCUAACAUGGAAUGUAUGGUGUUACUAACCUUAACUGGGGAGGGGGAGGCAGGAGCAGGGACAGCAAACAGGUUUUGUUUAAAACCUCCUGUUCACAGACUUUCACCCAAACCAGCUUCCCAGGGGCUGCUGAGGGCCCUGUUAUUGCUGCCAGCCCUUGGCCCCGGGUCAGGCUGGGCUUUGUGCCGUGAGCUGGGGUACAAGUCCUCUUGGAGCAGGAAUUGUUAUGGUCCUUUGAGGAUGUCUGUGAGCAACGAUCUGCGGAAAGGAGCAGCAAGAGUAGCUCGUGUCGGGGGCGAAAACAGGAUGCCUGGGGCCAAGCAUGGCCAUGACUGGGAUUGGUGAAGUUCACUGUAAAAAAAAAGGUGAGGAAGGGCCAUGUGUGUCCAGUUAUUCUUUAAGCAGAGUUGAUUAACAAAGUUACUGUUUCUCCUUUGAUUUCCCAUGUGGCAGCAAAGUUCCAGAGCCAAGGCUGUGCUUGGCUGAGGGUGCAGGACCUGAGAGCUGGCACCUGUGCUGCACUGGCACCUGCUCUUGUUCUGUGAAGGGUUGGGCUGGUGUGGAAGAGAGAAAGUAGCUCCUCCUCACACAGGACACAGCUCCUAGCUUGACUGGGUAUUUUUCAGAAGGGAGCAAACCUCUCAAUGGCUUUAUUUUUUAGAAGUAACUUUUUAAUGGUACUUAAUUCCUGGAGUCUGUCCAGAGGGGAGGCUAAUGAAGACAGACAUGCCCUCACUGUUGUUUCCAUGCUGCUCAUUAGCCACUCAAACUUAAUAAAGAUGGGUGAUGGGCUCUCUCA